ACAGCUGAUUUUGUGAUUUUCAGUUCCGCGUGAAAAAUGGGAUUUACUUUAAGGAAAAUUUAGAUAUUAUUAGCCGGAUUUAAUCAAAAUUGGUCUGACAACAGCGUAAUAUAAUCUAGUUCACCAUGGAUUUCUUCACCGAGGUGAUCGGAGAGACGGUGAUUCUCGGUUUGGAUUCUCUCAUCCUCGGCUUCUGUGUGAAGCAGUUGAGCAAAUGCAAACAUAUAUUAAAUGCUUUACAGACCGCACCAGUGCUGGAUAUAGACUCGUCACUCAGCAGAGAGAUCAGCAAGUACCCCAACAACACCAUCCCUUAUGUGGUGAUCCGGGGCUUGGUGAAGCCCCUCGGGAAUCCCAUUGUUAGCAACUACAACAACUCCGUCACUGGUGUUGUGCAAAGGCUAACAAUAAAGGAACAUGUGAUAGCGCGCACGUCAGCCGGUUUCUGGUCGGACCAGACGCGCACGAUCCAUGAGGUGUGCAACUCCUGUCCCUUCGUACUGAGCAAUGGCAAGUUCAGCAUUGAAGUGGUGGACGCGCUCGCGGCUGAGUUACUUGACAUGGACGUGAUCUCCGACAAGUUCGAGCCCAUGUCCCCCGGCGUCAUCGACCACGUGUGGGGCUUCUUCUCGGGCGUGAGGCAACGCGGGCUCCAAUCCAUGGAGGAGAUGCUGCGAGACGGCUCCUUUAUAACUGCUGUGGGGGAGCUCAGCGGUCCUCCAGGGGCACUGAAGAUACAGCCACCGAGAGAUGGUCUACCAUUGUACCUCACAACUGCUACGAAGUCAAGUUUGCUCAAGAGAUUGGCGAGCUCAAGAGAUUUCCUAAGAGUGCUAGUGGUCCUCUUCGGCACAGUAGCAGCGCUGGCGGGGUCCCGCAUCGCCUACAAGUACCUAUCGCGGCGGCGGCGCAAGGCGCGCGAGAGCGAGGUGAAGCAGCAGCUCGCGGCCGGGCGCCGGGAGCGCCGCGCGCGCGCCCGAGACCGCGACCUCAGCGAGGCGCAGCUCUGCGUCGUGUGCGCUGAGAACCCCAAGGAGAUAAUCCUGCUACCCUGCGGCCACGUGUGCCUGUGUGAGGACUGUUCAGACAACAUCACAGAGCAGUGCCCGAUCUGCCGGGAGCGGAUAGAAUCACGCGCGCCCGCCUUUAUCACGUAGGGGCUGGUUGAGACAGCGGGGCAGGUUGAGACAACGGGGCGAGUUGAUACAGCGGGGCAGGUUGAGA